AUGAAGGCCUUUGUUCCACCUCGAUCCGCUUCCCUAUGCCACUUCUGUCGCCAGGCUGGCACGCGACAAGCUGCUGCACCAUGGACUUCUUCCGCCCGACUUAUCCAGCAAUCUCGUCCCAUCUCGUCCACCUCUACACACACGCAAACCCGCCAUAGGACCCUCGGAUCAAGGCAUGCCUCGAGUCACCAAUUGCGCAGAUGGCUCGCAUCAUCUGCCGUCUCGACUGAAGAUGAACUUCCUGCUGCCACUGCCUCUCCACCAACCGAAAUAUCACAAAAAGACUUGUCUGAAUACAACGCUCGAGUUCAAAAACUGGCCAAGACUGUUCUCGAGCACCCGGCCCUUCCAACAGAAGAAGACGUCGUCCAUGUCCUGACCGAGUACAAUCUCAUGGCUCGGAAGCUGGUCAGCACCAAAGAUAUUCAGCAAAAGCCAACAACAACUCAGUCGGAGAAGACAGCCACUUCUGCGCUACUAAGCAACCUCGACGCUUCCUCAAAACCCUCCAUCACAAGGAUACGCCUUAUGGAUGCUCUGACCACCAAUGCCUUUGACAUGCUCCUCUAUGGUCCCGUCUUCAUUACCCCUAGCAUCCUGAAGCUCUACGUCGAUCUGCAGUCUCUAUUGAAACGUCCAGAGUCCUUCCCAGCCGUCUUCACCCUAUACCGUGAGAAGCCAGUACCGCGGCCUUCCAGCAAAGCUGAUCUCGUCACCUACGACAACCCCAACCCCGAUAAGCCUGCUGCUGCCGUACAACCUGCCGUGGCUGACAUGGCUAUCGACGCUGCAAUCGCCAGUCGCGAUCUGUCUCUUGCCCUGGCCACCAUUGAUGCUACAUACUGUACAACAGCAUACAAGCGCUCCAAGUUCUUGCGAAGUGCUCUCUUCCCAUUGACUGGCUUCCUGCUGACUCCACCUGCCGCUUAUACACUUGCAACACGCUUCAGUGACUACCAGAACACAAUGGAUCCUGCAAUGGCCACUAAUAUCGCCAUGGCCGCUAUGAUGACUUAUAGUGUAUGUGUUGGCAGUAUUGGCUACGUUGCCUUGACCACUGCCAAUGACCAAAUGGUCAGAGUUACCUGGGCUCCAGGUGUGCCAUUGUGGGAACGUUGGGUACGCGAAGAAGAACGAGCCGCCCUUGACAAGCUCUCCCAGGCUUGGGGCUUCGCAAGCACAGAAAAGUGGGGAGAAGAAGAAGGUGAGGAAUGGGACUACCUCAAGGAGUUCUGUGGUUUGAGGGGAAUGAUGCUCGAUCGUGUUGAGCUGAUGGAUGGCAUGGAGUAG